AUGUAUAAACCUGUUAGCAAUUUUAACGGUAAUAAAACUUCAAUUUGUAGCCAAGUAGAAGCGGGAAAAAUUAUAGCUGGCAAAUUAUAUUGUUGUGCUAAAGAUAAUAAGAAUUGUUCACUCUCUUCAUCUGACUGCAUUGGCAGCAAUAAUGAAGUAGCCCAAUGCGAUAAUCUAAAUACUCUUGAUGCUUGUAAACGAACCGAUUCGGCUGCAAUACAAGUCUGUGGUGGUUUGCAAAAUAGUUUAUUUUGUUUAUCUGUAGAUGCUAUGGGAAGAAGGGAUCCAGACUAUUACCGCUUUCCCAAAGCUGCUGAAUGGAUGGUGAAUCGCAGUACCGUAGCUGAAUCCAGUAACAUAACAGUUUGUGAUGAUGAAACUAGUUACCAUCCAUGCAAUACUAGCAAUCCUAUCGGAACUGUUGCUAAUUUGACUUGUGGGGAUUUAUUUCAAAAUGAACAUCGAUGUCAAUGGCGCAAUACUACUUAUCGCCAAAUUCUCGCAGACCUUCCCCGAAAACCUGUAGUGGAAUUAUGCGUACCAAUCACCACUGUAAUAUCAACAAUCACCGCCACCACAACCCCAACUUUAGUUUCUCACGAUAAGCCUGUAAUCAUUGGCUUAACUAUUG